UCGGCAUGCUGAGCUUCCCCCAUGCUGUUCUCGACGGUGACAAGCUUGCUUGCCUCCUAUUUGGCCGCCUUCACUCAUGACCGCGGGACACCCACUGUCGACCACGUUCAAUCUGCGCCGCUACAGUUCGAGCUGCGCCAUGCUCAUGCCGUCUCGCCUGAUGCCCGCGUGCUCUUUCACGACAUCCACAAGCCCGAUAUCAACGCAUACAGUGCCCUCCAUGGAGACCUCACGACGUACCCUUUACGAAGCCAGCGAGUGAAGACACACAGACCACGGUCUCUCGAUGAAUUCCACCGCGCGCGCGUCCGCUCGAUGCGCUUCCAAGAGAACGAAUCAGUAGAAUGGGACGAGGACGAGGUUGAAGGACCGGAUGUCAACUCGAGGGAGACGCUUCUCCUUCUUGCGAAGAUGACGAAUAACGCGUAUCUAUCACCAGGGGAGGACGGAUGGUACGAUUUGGGUGGCCAGUGGAAUGUUAGCUACCCCGUCGGCUGGGAGCCGGAUGACGACGGCUUCCGUGGACAUGUGUUUGCGACGCCCGACAAUUCCACCGUCGUACUGUCUAUCAAGGGCACGUCCGCCGCAUUCAUCGGCGGCGGUGGGCCAACGGCGAAGAAAGACAAGUUCAACGACAAUUUACUCUUCAGCUGCUGCUGCGCCCGCGUAGAUUGGACAUGGACGACAGUGUGCGGGUGCUACCGCGGCGGCUGGAAGUGCGACCAAGGCUGCCUAGAAGAGGCGCUGAUAGAGGACAGCCUAUUUUAUCCUAUUGGAACUAAUUUGUAUAACAAUCUCACAUACCUAUACCCGAACUCGAACAUAUGGAUGGUCGGACAUUCGCUCGGGGGCGCACUCGCAUCCCUCCUCGGCGUCACCUUCGGAUCACCUACCGUAGCCAUCGAAUCCCCCGGAGAGAAGAUGGCCGCAGCCAGGCUGCAUCUGCCUUCCCCACCAGAAGUACAACACGUCACGCACCUAUACCACACGGCGGACCCGAUCGCGAUGGGGACCUGCAACGGCGUGCUGUCCUCGUGUGCCCUGGGCGGGUACGCGAUGGAGAGCAAGUGUCACAUCGGGCGGUCGAUCGUGUACGACACAGUGUCGAACGCGUCGUGGGGAGUUGACAUCCGCACGCACACGAUCGUGAACGUGAUUGAGAAGCUGCUCGCGGAGCCGUGGCCACCGAGCGUGGACGUCGGGCGCGAGGUCCCCGAGGCGGUCCCGGAGGAAGACUGCGUGGAGUGCUAUAGUUGGGACUUUGGGGACUAUCCGCCUGCGAAACGGUAGCGUUGAAGGAAGCGUGGACAUAUAUCGAGAGAGGCAUUUGUCAGGGUUGCACGCAUAAUGGUAGAGGUUGGCUAUGAACGUCACAACGGCACAAGACAUGGCGCUGCUACCGGUUCUAGGACACACUACGACCCCUCUCCCUCCGAUACUUUGUAACACAUCCACUCAACAUGCUGAAGGGUUUUUAGUC